AUGAACCAGGCACAGUUAACUAACUCGAACGUCCCCCCUUUGUUGCCUCCAAACUUACCUGACUCAUACCGCCCUGCCAUUCCUCAAGCCCGUCGACCCAGGGCGUCUUCAGCGAAGCCUUCGAAGAACUUAUGGCGCAACGCUCGAGCAAUUGGUGAUGUUGUGUACAUCUUCGUUGCUUGGCUGGUCUUUACUGUCCUUUACAUGUUCUUCAUAUACUAUGUUCUUAUCGAGGGCAAGGUGCAAGUCGGUGCUGUCUUCUUCGGCGCUUCCACCACUAACUUGUUGGUUUCUAUCUUCUCACAAAUAUUCGUCGUUCUUGCGGCUAUGACAAUGCAUGGGCUUCUUACCACCCUGCGGUUGGUGCUCAAGGACACAUCUUUAGUCACUUUCUUCGGCAUCGGCUCUUCCUCUGGGUGGUCCUCUGUCCUGAAACUUCUUGCCGCGGGUUGGUUCCCCAAAUUUUGGUGUAACUUUACGUCCGUCCUUUUGGGCGAAGGCUCGUUGCUGGUGGUAAUACUUGGGAUUCCUAUCGUGGGUCUUGCUUUCGGAUCCAUGUUGAAAUACCGUGCAACAUUUGAGUAUUAUUUCGUUCCGGGGCAUACCAAAGUUCCUGUAUUCGCUGGUCUUAUUCCCCUCGACAACCGGGUCCUUGACAUUGUUCCGCCGGCCGUUCUUUGUUUGUACAUAGAAGGAUGGACCUCCAGUCUGUUGACGAACAACAAAUAUGCCACCAGUUUCCCUAUGGAUGGUUGCGGCACCGGUUGUAGGUCCCUGGUUCUCCCAGGAGGAAUCGAGCUGGCUCGUCAAGUGGGCCCAUCGCUCAAUCUCUCAAUGUUCGAGGGAGGCCUCCUUGACAGUGCGGAGACGAUCAGAAUCAACAAUGCCCCGGGAAUUGUUACAACUUACCGAAAUGCCAGCGACAUCACCUUCGACCCAGUGGGAGAUUGUCUUUAUGCAGGGCAGGCAAUCAAUGACACCUUGCAGAUGUGCAUUCGCCAAGUCGGCCAGUCCAUAGCUGUUGGGUGGGCUGGGUGUCCUCAAGAACUAUACAGCACCAACAGCUGUAACACCAACCGCACUUGGACAACAGCCCCGUUGAAAUGGGCCACUGUCAUGGCCACGUACAAGCAAUUCGCAACAACCGCCUACAACAGACAGAACUUUUCCAUUAUAGACGUGCGUCCGACUGCCGACCUGGAGCGAAUGCCAGUGAAUGCAUCAGACUACAUGGCCAUCUUCAAGAAGAUAAUGAUCCCGACCAGCGCCGCCACAGACCCCGACAGAGCAGCCAUCGACUCCCUGAUCUACACGCUAACUUGGCUCCACCGGACCUACAGAGGCUCCUUCCCCGACGACCAGAACAGCCUUGUCACCAACCUACACAACUUCCUCGCCAUCCCCUUACAGUUCACCGUCACGGCCGUCCAGUUCGCCAACUACACCGUCGUUAACGGGACGUUCCCUUUACCCGAAGACACUGCAACCAUCGCCACGGACGGCUGGUCCAAGUCUCGCCUAGCCAUCCAGCCGUGGACGGAUUGGCUCUUCAUCGUCGCUGCCGCGGCGAUGCUCCUGGCGGUCAUGGCCGGCAUCCUAUGGAUCCUAGGGGAGGCCCCACUUGCGCCCGCGACAGGCAUCAGGGACUUCGAUACCCUUCGGCUUGCUGGCAGAAUUAAAGUCAAGAAAGAGAGACGCAGAGAUGGUGAGAGGGAGGAUGCGAUAACGCUCAUAGACUUCGCAAGAGUUACGGACAUAGACUCCGCGUGGGGUUUGGCUAAGGAGAUGCGGGGUUGGAAGGUCGUUGCGAAUGAUGUGGAAGAGCCCUAA